AUGUUGCACAUGGAGAGGGCCAUGCAGCGGCAUGUUGCACGUGGAGAGGGCCAGGCAGCGGCAUGUUGCACGUGGAGAGGGCCAUGCAGCGGCAUGUUGCACGUGGAGAGGGCCAUGCAGCGGCAUGUUGCACGUGGAGAGGGCCAUGCAGCGGCAUGUUGCACGUGGAGAGGGCCAUGCAGCGGCAUGUUGCACGUGGAGAGGGCCAUGCAGCGGCAUGUUGCACGUGGAGAGGGCCAUGCAGCGGCAUGUUGCACGUGGAGAGGGCCAUGCAGCGGCAUGUUGCACGUGGAGAGGGCCAUGCAGCGGAUGGAGAGGGCCAUGCAGCGGCAUGUUGCACAUGGAGAGGGCCAUGCAGCGGCAUGUUGCACAUGGAGAGGGCCAUGCAGCGGCAUGUUGCACAUGGAGAGGGCCAUGCAGCGGCAUGUUGCACAUGGAGAGGGCCAUGCAGCGGCAUGUUGCACAUGGAGAGGGCCAUGCAGCGGCAUGUUGCACAUGGAGAGGGCCAUGCAGCGGCAUGUUGCACAUGGAGAGGUGCCAGCACUAGCGGCCAUGGCAGAAAGGGCUGUCGGCACUGACAGCAGGGGGGACUCACAGGAGGGGGGGGGGAGCAAGCAGCAUGCCAGAGAGCGUGUGGGCAGCGCACGACUCACAGGGCAGCGCACGACUCACAGGGCAGCGCACGACUCGCAGGGCAGCGCACGACUCACAGGGCAGCGCAUGACUCACAGGGCAGCGCACGACUCACAGGGCAGCGCACGACUCACAGGGCAGCGCACGACUCACAGGGCAGCGCACGACUCACAGGGCAGCGCACGACUCACAGGGCAGCGCACGACUCACAGGGCAGUGCACGACUCACAGGGCAGCGCACGACUCACAGGGCAGCGCACGACUCACACGGCAGCGCACGACUCACAGGGCAGCGCACGACUCACAGGGCAGCGCACGACUCACAGGGCAGCGCACGACUCACAGGGCAGCGCACGACUCACAGGGCAGCGCACGACUCACAGGGCAGCGCACGACUCACAGGGCAGCGCACGACUCACAGGGCAGCGUACGACUCACAGGGCAGCGCACGACUCACACGGCAGCGCACGACUCACAGGGCAGCGCAUGACUCACAGGGCAGCGCACGACGCGGCCAAUGCCAAGAGCAAGGAGGGGGCGGGAAGACAGGUGAGAAGGCAGGGCGAGGUGCUGCCUGGGAGGGGCGCCAUCGGACGGGCGGGGCUGCUGGGGGCAGAGGAGGGCCCUGCAACACAUGCCCCUCGUAAGCAGGAGGAGGAAAAGAAGUGUGCAGACUACCGUGCGCGGUAUCACGAUCGACGGGCGACAACCCACUCUCACUCCUCCCUGCCGCCCCACUUGUCAAGAGCAGGGCUGGCGGAUGGUGGCUGGCGGAAAGCUCCUUCCUUCGCCUGUUUGCUGCCUUCCCACCUCUGCCUCUCCCUCCCUCCCUCCUUCCCCUCGACCCUACUCUCCCCCCUCCCACACGCCCUCCACUCCAUCGCCUUCCGUCCCUCUCGCCACUUCCCCAUUGCCUCCCCCCCCCUGCUCUUCGCCCCCCACCGCUCUGACUCCUCCUUCCACCACCCAUGCCCCGCUGCCCCCCUCCUCCCCCUCGCCCCCCACCGCCAACUGCAGUGGGUGCAGCGAGGCGUGGCGCGGCAUGGAGGCAGUGGCGGGAGGGGGGGUGGUGAAGAGCGCAGUAAGGACGGCCAGAAGGGGAGUGUGGAGCUACGCCCGCCCGGCAUUCACCUACAGCACGCUCUCGACGAUGAGCAGGCCGACGUCGGCCUCAUGUGUCUUGUCGCCUUUUAA